CUCUGGACACUUUAAAUAGCAGUCCGACCCCUUGCUGUUCCACAACCUCUCCUCUCCUCUCCUCUCAGAAUGUCUAGGAGCCUGAAGCAAGUGGCUGUGCUACUUGUGGCACUUCUGUGCCUGGAUCCUCACGGCCGCGUCGGCUCUGCACCCAUCUGCGCAAAUGGGCCAUCAGGAUGCCACGUCCCGUCCCUGGGCGAUCUCUUCGACAGGGUCAUUCAGCACUCGGCCAGAAUGCACAGCCUCUCCAACGAUCUACACUCAGAGUUUGAACAGUAUUUCCUGCCCAGCAAAAAUCACAUCGGAAAGAUAUAUCGCAAAUGUCACACAUCCAACAUACUGACCCCUAAUGGCAAAGAAAAUGCACAGAAACUAGCUCGUGAAGAGUUAACCGAAGUGAUUCUGAAAUUGCUGUUGGCAUGGAAGGACCCCCUGUUCCAGCUGCACCAGAGCAUGGCUCACCAGCAGGACUUCAACAGCUUCAGCAGUAACAAAGCCCUGGAGAUGGGUGACAUGGCCCACGAGCUGAGGAAAGGGGUGGAGAAAGUCACUGAAAAGAUGAGGGUACUGGGAAUGCUUGGAAACUCUGUGACGGGUCUGUCGGCACCAGAAGCAAUGCUUCCUAUAUCUGACAGCGGAGAGGCCAUGAGUGACUACGAGCUCCUGUACUGCUUUCGCCGUGAUUCUAACAAAGUCCAGAACUAUCUAAAGAUCCUUAAGUGCAGAAUCGUACCUGAGCAUGACUGUUAGGAAGAAAAAAAACAUGGCCCUUUCACCUGCACUAAUGGACUACACAUGCUGGUCCCCACUUAUCAAGCAUGUUUGACUCUGUACCAUCAAUUAAUUGCUAGUUCUCCUAACCAAUUCACUUCUAUAAUUAUCAAAACAUAAAUAGUACGCAGCAAGUAAGGGGGAAAUUCUGUUUCGCCUCUAACUAGAAAUGAUCUCUGAAGUCAAUUCAUUCUUUCAAAUAUUUUUCUAUGCCUUCUAUUUAUAUUUCCACAUCAGUUACGCUCAUUUUAAUCAUUCUUUUUUCUUUUUUUUUUUUUGCUUUCAAAAUUUAUCCAUCAUUUUUCGCUGAAUGAACUGACAACACAAAAUUUAAAUAAAACAGUAGAUUCUU